AUGACAGACGAUAUUGUCGAACAAGAAUAUCAGGAAUUUGAACAGAUCCCAAGGGUGGCACGAAGGCCCCCCGUGGUAAUGGUUAACCGAAACCAGGAUUCCGACCAGGUGGUCAGACAAAUUCGACACGAUGCAGCUGUUGGGGAGCAAAACCUAGAGGCAAUCGUCGAACAGAUCAUUGUACGAAACGAAAUAAGCCCAUGCUUGCAACGGCCAACUUACUCUUCACCCUUGCCAGAUUUUGUCUUACAGACAGAACUGCCUAGGGGAUGGAAGGUCCCGAAAUUUACCAAGUUCGCUGGGGAUACUGAGGAGUCCACCAUCGAACACGUGGCCAGGUAUCAGACUGAGGUCGGCGACAUAGCGAACAAUGAAGAUUUGAAGUUAAAAUACUUCCCAAGUUCUCUUACGAAAAAUGUGUUUACGUGGUUCACAACGCUACCCUCACAGUCAAUCCAAACGUGGACACAGUUGGAGAGAUUGUUCCAUGAACAAUUUUACAUGGGGCAGUCAAAGAUUAGCCUCAAAGAACUAGCUAGCGUUAAAUGA